AUGUCACGCAAAGCCCAUGAUAUUAGCUCUGAGCGUCUGUUGAUCACGGGUGCCACUGGCUACAUUGGAUUCAAAACUCUCACAAUUGCCCUCGAAAGGGGAUAUCAUGUUCGCGCUGUCGUCCGAAGCGAACGAAAUAUCAAUGAAUUGAAAGAAAAAAGUACGAUCAUCGCAGAGAGUAUUGAUCAGGAGCAACUCGAGUUUGUUGUCAUUCCAAACUUUCUUAAAUCAGAUGCAAUUUUCAAGUCCCUUGAGGGGAUAACUGUCAUCAUUCACCUUGCAUCACCUUUAGCAAUUGAGGCCGAUGAUUAUGAGGUUGGAAUCGUCAAGCCAACCAUAUCAAUGGUGACUUCAGUUUUAGAAGCAGCCACUCGCGUGUCAACAAUCCGCCGUGUGAUAUUAACAUCGUCGUGCGUGACCCUAAUUCCAUUUGAAUGGAAUAUCAACCCCGACAGCCAGCGACUAUACACAGUGGAUGAUGUGAAUACCAGUGUUACCGGACCUUUCUCAACUGCAAUGGAAGCUUACUGGGCAUCUAAAGCUCUUGCAAGAGUUGCGACCAAAGCAUUUGUUAAUCAUGCGCGCCCAAAAUUCGAUUUUGUCAAUCUCCUACCCUCGGUGGUGAUUGGACCAGACGACCGCCUAGACGCAGAUCCAACCGCAACGGUCGACAGCCUCCUCCAGGGCACGCGGGCAGCGGUUCUUGCACCCGCGUUGACUCCCUCGCUCAACUCUUCGUUUCCCUACGUUGGAACGCCAGUUCAUGUUGCCGAUGUCGCGCGCGCGCAUGUCGAUGCCGUAGAUGGUGGUUUGGUUCCUGGAAAUUCUGAAUAUAUUCUCUCUUCAGAUACUCCAAGUGGAGUAGUCUGGGAUAGGGAUGUUCAAGCUGCCUGUAGGAAGUUCUUCCCAGAGGAGGUAGCGAGUAAAAGGUUGCCGCUUGAAGGGUCUUUAACCGCAAUAAAAUGGAGGCUAAGUGCCCGGCAGACGGAGGAAACAUUUGGUUGGCAGUUUAUCAGCUUUGAGGAGACUAUAAAACAGCUCGUCUCGCAGUACUUGCGACUCGAAGAAAGGCCGCUCAAGUGA